UUGUUUUGCUAAGUGUUAGCCACGACAGGCUAACUUUGUUUCACAGUUAAAAGUCUUAUUUUUUUAAGUUAAACGCAUCCCCAGCGGAUUUUCGGAGAUAGAUGUGCAUUACAACGGUUCUUUUUGUGAAGCAAUCGGAGACAUGAACGGAAGCACGAACCCGCUGCUGGACAAAGAGGAGCAUGUUUUGAAGCUCGGAGAAAGCUUCGAGAAGAGGCCAAAAUCUUCCUUUCACACCAUCAGAUAUGACUUUAAACCAGCAUCGAUUGACACGAGCUGCGAGGGAGAGCUACAAGUUGGGAAAGGAGAUGAAGUUACCAUCACAUUACCUCACAUUCCGGGAUCCACGCCUCCCAUGACCGUGUUUAAAGGAAACAAGCGCCCGUACCAGAAGGACUGCGUGCUCAUCAUAAACCACGACACCGGGGAAUUUGUCCUGGAGAAGCUGAGCAGCAGCAUCCAGGUCAAGAAAACCAGGGCAGAGGGCAGCAGUAAGAUUCAAGCCCGGAUCGAACAGCAGUCAGUGCGGUCCAGUCAGCCCAGCUCUCAGUUUAGGGCCCCCACCAAGCCCGGAACCGGGGUCAAGACUUCGCCAUCCCCUUCCAAGGAUAAUCCGUCACCAGAGCCGCAGCUCGAUGACAUCAAAAGAGAGCUGCGAGCAGAGGUGGACAUGAUUGAGGAGAUGAGCAGCAGCGGCAGCAGCAGCUCCUCAGACUCGGCGAGCGCAUCGGGGAGCGGUGACGACAGCAGCGACGGCGAACACGACGCCCCGCGACCGCUCAGUCAGACCUCGCCCAGCUGCCAGCCUGUGGCCAACGGAGGAGCCGACUGGCAGCAGGGCAACAACCAGCUCAUGAAUACGCUCAGAAAUGAUCUCCAGCUCAGUGAAUCAGGCAGUGACAGUGAUGAUGACUGACCUCUGCUGGUCAGUCUCAUGCUCCCUCCUCUUCCUCCUCCUCCUCUCUGCCUGGUUCUUUUGCUGUGGUAGCUGACUCCAGCUGUAUAUCUGGUUUUUACUUUAUUCUUCGUAUCUCCUCAAAGCUGAUCAGCCUGGAUCUUAAAAGAGUGUAUUUUUUAUUAGAUGUAUAUUUUGUUUUGUAUAGCAAAGUUUUAGAGAAAGAGACUUUUACGUGAGAGGUUUGGCAGAUUAUAUUUGAGAGUGAACACACAUAUUUUCUGUACCUAGAGCAGCUAGUUUUACCUACUCGUGUCUUGUGUCUUUGUUUGGUCUGUUUGCGGUAAAAUGAGGCGGAGACUGACGUGGAGUAUCAUCCCUCCGUCUCUUCCCGUGUCACAUCGUUUGAGGUUUGUGGGGAUUAUCUAGACAUUCUGUUUCAGUCAGAUAAGAAUAUAAAAACAGCAUAUUUUGCACAGUGCAGCCUGUGCAUGAUUAGCAUCAAAACAGAGACAAAACUCGUCAAUUCGUAUCAUCUGCCAAUCUGAGUGUUGAGCUCAGAUUAUGCAGCGGUGUUGACGGUGAGGCAAAAGUCUCAUUAAAGUCACAUUUUAACCACA